AUGCACACUGUUCUUUUGGGCAUCCUCCCACAGCUAUUGAAUCUGUGGCUAAGCAAAGACAACAAAGCAAAGCCCUUUUUUAUAGGAGACAAGGUAAGAGUUUGAGUCCAUUUUUUUUUAACAUACCGGUAGUUUGACUUUGAUAGGCUUUUACUAAGUCAUUGGACCUGCAAACUUUCUUUCUUUUCUGCCCUUCAUUAAAUGCUUUCAUGGAACAGUUCAUGAUAAAUGGCACUUAUAUAUUAUGAAACCGUUCAAUAAAAAUUGCUUAGAAAGAUGCAGCGCUUAACUGUCCCCAUUGUUACUUUAGUAAACAAACAUAUAAUUGCACACGGUAUCCUCUCUUACCUUACAGCUUCCACUUCUAAACAAAUGCGUGCAGUCGAUACGAAUCAUGGACUGUAUCUCCAGAUUGCACCGUAAACUUGACAAGAGGGAAGACUGGAAAGGUAAAUAUCCGACUGACUUAGAAGUUUUCUAAUAUCUUAAAGGGAAAGCUUUUACUAUCCUCGACAUACAUUUUAACGUGCAUCAAUUGCAGCAAAUAAAUACAGAGCUUGGCUCCUGCAUUACAGUAUCCCAGUUCUAGAGGAAGUGCUACCUUCCCUGUAUCUGGAGCAUUUCAUCUUAUUAGCAUGGUUCAUCUAUGUUCUUUUUACAGAUAACAUCCCAAGUGGAGAUCUAAGGAAAGCCGAACUUGUUCUGGAUGACUUUUGCAAGCCCAUGGGGCAACUAUAA